CCAAGCUCUCCCAGCGCUCGGUGUUUGCGCGCCGCGCCCACGCCCCAGCGGUGGUGACGGGCGCUUCCGGCGAGGCAGCAGCACGCCGUGACACCGCAGCAAGCGCACCACCGCAGAGAGACAAGGGCAGCACGCCGUAAGAGGCAGCCCCCUCUACAGACAGCAAGCGCCCGGCCGCCGCCGCAGCGUAAGGAUGCCCUCCAUCCAGGCCGUACUAAAACGUAGAGACACGAUCCAGCCGCCGCCCUUCCUUAAGAGCAAGCUAAAGAAGCUCGGCCCGCGCGCAACCACCAUCGCUUUACAACCCCUCGAUCUGGUCAAGAGGCGAGCCUUGGACGAGGAUGAAGGGACACGAGCGUUCAGCAAGAAGCCAGUACCUCCCACGAGCCAGUUCGCACCGUUACAACGAAGACAUUCCUUCCACACUUUGACAGACGAAGAACCGACGCUCCUCCACGACCUAAGGUCAUAUUUUGACCCCCAGUAUCGACUGUACUUGGUGAAGAAACAACUGCUGAGCUUAGUACGCGACGACGACGUCAGUGUCGAGGAGAUGUUCGACCUCGUGGAUGAAGAUUUUUCCGGUGUUUUAGAACGAGAUGAGUUGUGUAAAAUGAUACACAUGUUACAAAUUAAGGUGAAGGAGGUCGAGAUUGAUACAUUAAUGGACAUCCUGGAUGAAGACGGCUCUGGAGGAGUGGACAUCGACGAGUUCCAGGAUUGGUUGUUCGCGACCGAAGAUCAGUGGCUCGAAAGAAGACGUACUAGGGACGACGAUGAAUUUAAUGAUCAAAGGUUAUUACAGCGGGAUAUUUUGAGGUUCGAUGCGGACAUACGAGGCAUGCUCGGCGCCCUGUGGGACCUGGUCGAUGCCGAUGACUCGGGACAGGUCGACGUCGACGAAUACGUGACGCUGUCUGUGAAUUUACAACGGGCGGUCACGGACGACUUUGAUUUAGAUGAGGCAAAAAAGAUAGCUAAAAGAGAAUUCGAGUUCGACGCCCAAGGCCACGAGACGAUGGACAGGACGCUGUUCUUUUGGUCGUUCUUUCAACUAGCGGACGCCUGGCGCGACGGGCCCGCCAUCAACUCUGGGUCGUACUGUUAUUUUAUGGACUUUCUCUCGGAUCGAUGCACGUCCAUCGAAGUUGUUGAGGGUAAGCCUACGUUAGUGUGGAAGUGGAGCAGCGACCCGGAGUGGUACAGUAAGAUCGAGCCGAUGCGGCUCGUGGAGAAGAGGCGUAAUGCAAGGCGCAAGAAGGGCCUGCCGCCGGAACCGAUACCUUCUUCUCCUCUCAGGGAGAUGGCCCUGUACAAUCGCCAGCAACAAUAUCCUGACGCGGUCGAGGCCUGUGUGGAAAUCAAACUUCAGACGCCCCACGCCAUCGACGCGACGUUGUCCCCGUAACUGCGUCUGCUCGAUGGCGUGGAGGUUCACGAAGGUCUCUUGCAAUCCUCAGGGUAACCUAGCUCACUGGUUGAUUUCCACACAGGUCGAGGCCCCGGCGCCCAGCAAGAAACUGACCCUGAAGGAGGCCGCCAAGGCCGCUAAAAAUGCAGUGAAAGCUCGAAAGAACCAGCAACGGCGCAAGGCGAGACGGUCCUGGGACCUCGAGCAGGAGGAAAAAGCACGACUGCAAGCUAGAAACGACGCCGACGCGAGUUAUCUGGAGGCCGAGCGGCUGCGGCUCGAGAUGGAGGCGGCUCGUUCCGAAGCUUUACGGGCCAAACAAGAGAAGCAGCGCGAGGCCCUUCGAUCGAAAGCCGAGGCCAAAGCCCUUAGAGAGCUCGAGAAACGGGAAGCGGCGGCGAAGCGCGAAGCUGCGCGCCUGGAGAAGCUCGGCGAGAAGCAGAAGGCCGCUGACUUGAGGGAACAAGCUCGGAGAGAGGCGCAGCAGGAGCAGGCCCGUCUUAAAAGAGAGGCCGCGGCGGCGCGCGAAUUCUCCCUGAAAAAGAAACUGGAGGACAAACUACGAGCGAAGGCCGCGUCCGCGGACCGGAAACGAAGACUCAUGGAGGGCAAGGUCGAGGAGGCCGAACGUAGAAGAUUGAUGGACAUCGAGCAAAAAGCGGCAGCUGCUAAAGCUCGCCGCCGUUCUUGUAUAGGUGCGCCGGCGCCCGCUCCCUUUGUGGAGGACGAUGAGUAUGACUACCGGAAGAUGCUCGGUUCUAUUGCUAGAGAGUCGUACGACGACUUCAGCUACGCGUCGACGCAGCCGUCACCACCUGUGUGGAAAUCAACCAGUGCGUCGGGCGCACCCGACAAUUCUUCACUAAGUCAUUUCUCGGUGAUGGGGCGGCCGUGCUGGCUCGGUCGAGCGGUGGGGGGCUGGCAUCGCCACGCCGUCGAGCAGGCGUCGCGCCGAUGGCGUGGAGGACGAUGCGACGAUUCAGCGCGAACGCGCCGUAAAUUUUGAUUUUCACACAGGUCACCACCCAAAGAUCGUAAGAAGAAGAGCUUCGCGUCGCCCCCGAAGGAUGCGACGGAGUCCGAGGCCCCGCUGCCCGACUGGGACGCGGCGUCCUACGCCGCAAGCCAUAGGAGCGACGGGCCGCCGUCGGCGCGAAGCUUCGCGCGGUCGUUUCGCAGCGACGGCUCCGAAGUUAAGCAGCAGGAUCCCGAUUUUGAUGAGAGGAGCGUCUCAAAAUCGUAUCGGUCGGACGGCACGGAGAUUAAGGAGGGAGAUGAAGACUACGACGACCCGAGUGCGGUGGCAUCGGUAAGAUCUUACAGGGCGGACGGCACCGAACUCCGACCGGGCGACGCGGACUGGGACGACCUCUCGCACGUUUCUUUUGCUCGCUCCGUCACUUCUGUGGAUGAGCUCUCGGUGCAGUCGUACCGGUCGGACGGCUCGCCGCUCAAGGUGCCGAGCCCCGGCAAAUCCGAUGCGCUCAUCAAGGACUUCUUGUCGAGCCCCAGCAAAUCCGACAUCUCGUCUCAUAAAGCGCAGUACCAGGAGGCGGCGAGCCCCGUCCAGUCCGACCUGUCCUCACCAGCAAAAGAUGAUCUCAGCUAUAGAUCGGACGGCUCGCUCAUCAAGCCUACGGACCCCGACUCCGCGACGGACGGGCUCCGGUACCGCGAGGACGGUUCUCAGAAACUUCCUGAGGAUGACGAUUAUAACAUUCCACCAUCGUAUCGAAGCGACCGCACUCUCAUAAAAAGAGGUGAUCCCGACUAUAUCGCUGGUACCUUCGACCGACGUAAGAGAUUGGCGGAGCAGGCGGCCGAAGAGCUGAGGAUCAAAGAACAAGAGGCUCUACAGAGGAGGGAGGAGCGGGAACAGGCGGCCGCGGCCCGUAGAUUGGCAAGAGCCGCCGAGGCGGACCAACGUAGGAUACAGAGAGAGGCCGCAGCUUUAGCUAGAAAGCAGCAGCGCGAGGCCGAGGCCGCGAAGAAGAUCGAAGCAGCUAGACUGAAGGGCGACCUCAAGGCCAUCGACCGCAUCUCCGAAGCGUUAUCACUUAAAAACCGCAGGGAGGCCGAGGAGCUCGCUCGCGUCAAUAAGAGCGAAUUGGCGGCGCUCGAACGGGCGAAUCAAGUAUCGAGGCAGAAGCUCCGGGCUCAGCAGCUCGAGGACGAGCAAAAGUUGAGAGCAGAAGCGGCGGAGCUGCGGCGGCAGUUGCGGGAGGCCGCGGCGAUCGAGGAGAUCCAUGAAAGUUGGGUUGUGGGUGACGAGAUGAGAGCGGAGUCCAUCGCCGAGGGUCUCGUGAAGGCUAAUAGAGCUUCACUGAUGGGGUUAGAAAGAGCUGAAGCGGACGCGGCCGCGGAUCUGGCGAGGAGAGAUAGAGCGUCGCUCGAGGCGUUUUCCGAGGCGUCCGGGCGAACCUAUAGGACUGAUGGGUCUUUAAUACGAGAGACGGACCCCGACUUUCUGACGGACGGCAAGGCCUACCGCGCCGAUGGCACCGUAAAACAUCCUGGAGAUGCGGACUACGUCACGCUCCCGAACUUUAGGAGUGACGGUACGGAAGUGAGGCGGGGCGACCCGGACUACUACUCUGGCGGGCGGCGGGCGGGCCCUCUGUCGCCGGUAAGUUACGACAGUAUGUCGUCGCCCGCCAAGUCCCCGCAGCGAAGUGACGGCUCGUACGUCAAGCCCGGUGAUAGUGACUACGACGAGUGGUCCUUCGUCUCGAAACUCACGAACCCCGAGGAGGCCUCGUUCACGACUGCUUCUUGCGUCGGGGGCGGGCCCGUCGGCGCGGAAGACAUGGUCUCGUAUCGUUCUGGAGACACGAAGACUCUAGAGUAUGUGCCGUCGUCGCCUGGUGACCAUUCGUCUGUCACGCCGUUUCCACGUGAAAAGACGCCGCAGGACCUCGCAAAUGAAGCCCACGACGGCGACUUCGACCAUUUGACCCAUGAGUCGAGCCUCUCGCCCCUCGAUAGACAAGGACCGAGGGACGCCGGCUGGUUCCCGCCCGGGGGCCACGGCUCGUACAUCGCGCGCGGCCUCGUGCUGAACCACUCCCCCCAAUACUUCAAGGAGAAGAUGGCACAGAGGAAGCCGCCGACGCCGCCCGAGAAGCACACGGACUUUGGUUUAAGGUAUUGCUACCCUCCCAGUAACAGUGUGGAAGUUUCGGACGGGGUCUGUUGUUCUCCUAGAAAACCUUCGGAGGACUACUUCGUGCUGGAUCCCGGUAAACAGUCUACUUUCGAGCUCCCGGCGCCGCCGGUGACCAAGGAACAACCGCGGUGUCCGAUCUGGAGCUUUGGAGAUACGCCUUGGUUCUCGAAAGUUUUAGAUGAACAGACCAUGGCCCUCACGGACGGUGCGCUAGAUGUGGGUGGUGCCCGAGCCAUGCGUUUGAUCUCGAAGCAGCGCCUGGCGCGCAAAUUAGGGGCGCCGCAAAGAAGGCGGAACAAAAGACGUCAUUUCGGCAUCAAGCCGCCGCGGUGGGGUCCCGGCGACGACGAGCCCUUCGUGCCCGGCGGCGUGGCUAUCAGGGACAAGCGGGACGCGCGCUAUACUCGCUUGUUCUCGGGCGAGCCGCCGCCGCUCGAGGAGCCGUCGCCGCGCGAGUCGCUCGAGCGUCUUUCUUCCUUCAUCGAGACAUUCCGCCGUGAAGACGAGCCGAACGACGUCUGGGCCAAAAUUAGCAAGGGCGGCGUCAAGCCCAUGACUAUUAGUCGGAGACGGUCCCUCGACUCCAUCGGCGUCGGGCGGACGGUGCCGCGGGGCCAGGAACCGGACGAGCCGCGGCUCAUUAUGCGAGGAAUGCGGUGAAUAAUUACUGUUUUAGAACCUA